AUUUGUAAAUAAACUAGCAUUUUACGAAUAAUAAGUAAGUAAGGAUACACAGUUUAUUUAUAAAGUAAGCCGAUGAUAGUGAAUACUUUCACAAAGUUCUUAUUAAUAGAUAUAUAAGGCAAUCCAUUCCAAAAGGAAUUUUAGUCCGUAUUGACACAAAAAAAACCAUGGCAGGACCACUAAACCUGCACCUACACUUUGGCGGUGGAGCUGAACUACUAUUUGACAAGAUUAAGAAGAGAGAAAUAGAGUUGCCAGCACUAAAGAAGUAUCUACCGGAUAGUAGUAAUGAUAAGUGGACUAUAAGAGAACUGUUGUUAUGGAUAAAAGAUAAUUUGUUGAGAGAGAGGGAAGAGCUGUUUUUACAGGGUGACUCAGUCCGGCCCGGCAUUCUAGUCUUAAUCAACGAUGCAGAUUGGGAGUUAUAUGGAGAGCUAGAAUAUGAACUGCAGAACAAUGAUACGAUCAUGUUCAUAUCUACUUUACAUGGAGGUUAAGAUUAAUUAGUAGCUGUAUUUAUUGUAAUUAAAUAAGUUUGGUGAAGCAUCAA